AUGCCCAACUCAAAGGAAGGUUCCAGCCCCAAAAAGUUCUUCAAGGCUUUGAGCGUGUCGCCUUUCCGCCACUCCACCCGUGCAGACCCGCAGACACAUCAGAAUCCGCUGCUGGGCCCUCAACCGGUUUAUGAUCUGUGGCAGCACCCUCCGAACUCCUCAUUCAUCAACAAUUCCUAUAACCCUUCGAUGUCCUCGUUCAACUCGACCACUUCCAAUGUGCACCAGCUGCAAAGGACUCUGGGCUCUUCCACACCACAGCCGGGCAGUCACCAUGGCCGCAGCCACUCUCAUGACAUUCUUCAUUCGCAUUCGAGAUCUGAUCUGGCGCUGAAGUCUUGGGCCUCGCUAAUCCCGCCAGUACCCAACCAGCCGCGAAACGAUUCGUCAAAAGAGUUGAAGGUUCAGCUGAAUAGACACACCAUCGCGGUGCUGCCUACUGGCCCCAAAAAUGUUCCUGACUUCCUCCAGCCUCUGACAAACCCGGAUGCCGAAAGAUCCUAUGUGAUCUCCCGCGGGGAUUCAGAGUCGCCAAUGUUCGAGGUUUCAAGCGAGCUGCUGCUGUAUCUCAAUCACUUCCCACCACUGGACCAGGUCCAAAUUCCUGGUCUGUUCGACUUUGCUCCCAGAGAACAUCCAUCUCGUCCUUCAACAAGUACCCCGCCAAAGAGGUACUCCGAGAAGGGCCACACGCGUCAGAGCUCGUCCCAAAGCAAAUUAUUUCCACCAACACAUCCUCCCGGUCUUGAGCAUCAGCGUCUGCAAGAAGCUGUUUUGAUAAAACUGAAUAAUCCAUUCUUACCACCACAGAACCUGUCUGAGCGCCAAACACAAUCUCACGACAAUCAGCGUCACCAGAAGUACCAACAGAAUCAGCAACAGCAACAACAGCAUCAAAGGUCUCUCCAGCAAGUGCCACCACAGCAGCAACAACAGCAUCAGUGGUCUCUGCAGCACGCACCAAUUCAACAGCACCAGCAGUUUCUCCUGCAGCAGCAGAUGGCACAGCAGCAGCGUAAAGUUCAAAUGAGACAACCUCAGAAUCCACAGUUCGACGAUCGCUCUCAAUCACAACCGCAUUCACAGCCUCCGCAAUAUCAGCUUCCGUCACAUCCAUCACCAAAACAGGUACAGAAGCAACAGCCUCAGUCCAAGCGUGCUACCUCUGAAAAGAAGCGUAAGGUGUGCAAGAAAUGUAACCAAGUCAUUAACGGGCAAUUCGUUCGUGCUUUGGGAAGUGCCUAUCAUAUUGAUUGUUUCACUUGCUACCAAUGUGGCAAGCAAUGUUCUGCAAAAUUUUUCCCUCAAGAAGUGAAAACAGAAAACGGCGAAGUUAUUCAAGUUCCUCUUUGUGAGUAUGAUUAUUUCAGGAAACUUGAUCUUAUUUGCUUCGAGUGUCACAACGCUUUGCGGGGACCAUAUAUAAAUGCUUUGGGAAACAAAUACCAUUUGGAACAUUUCAAAUGUUCAACUUGUGGGAAAGUUUUUGACUCUGACGAGAGCUACUACGAACAUGAUAAUAAUAUUUACUGUCACUUGCAUUAUUCCAAAUUGUUCGCAACGAAAUGCGAGGGCUGUCAGUCUUCGAUCGUUAAACAAUUUGUUGAGUUGCUUAAAGGCGGAAGAAAUCAACAAUGGCAUCCAGAAUGUUACAUGGUUUUUAAAUUUUGGAAUGUUUAUAUUACUGCUGACUGUGUUGGCCUCCAGCAAAGGCUUGGAAUGGAUAUUAUACUGGCCAAUUUGAACGAUAUCGAUCCAAAUGAUCUAUUGAUCGUCGAACAUCAACUAGAAACGGUCGUUAUGAAUUGUUGGCUAGUCCUCUCUGGUUUUGAAGAAAUCUCUGCUACAUGUAUCUCAGAAAUGCUUUUAUGUGCUUGUACAGGCAAGAGAGGGCAGGGCUUAUUCUCAACUGGUAAGUUGGUUCUUUAUGUUGAAGUUCUUUUUGAUGCAUUAGAUUUUGUUCAGAAAAUGUGUUUGGAACAUAAACCAGACCCGAACCAGGAGAAUGCACAGAAAAACUCUUUGUCUGAAGAGGUUUACUCGGUGGAUGCUUUUGAUAAAUUCCAAACUCUUCGGAAAGAGCCAAGAAAUAUCUCUGGAAAGUUGAUGAGCUACUUAGCGAUUUUGCGUAAGUCAAACCAACUUUCAGACUCGGGCAGUCUCUCUUCUGAAUUAUUAUCUGUUGUUACUGGUUGCGCUCAUUAUUUGAAGCUUCUCAUCAGAAUCGGAUUAAACAAUGCUUUGAAAUUGAACAAAAUUCGUGGCGACACCAAAGCGCUUGAUGGCUUUUUGAUGAGAACCAAGAAAUUCGAUGACAUCGAGUCUGCUGAUAAGCUUCCUGGAGACUCUAGGAUUUCUAUUGGUUCCCGCUUGGCAAUACCUUUGAAUGCAUCCGAUGCUUGUCGAGCAUGUCUGAAGAGUAUUGAAAAAUCAUGUGUUCGUUACAAGAAUCUGAGAUGGCAUAUGAAGUGCUUCGAGUGUUCUAUCUGUCACAGACAGCCUUCACCAGAGUUUGUGGUCGAAUCUUUUGUCUAUGGUACUGACGAAGUGGUUUUAUGUAAUGAAUGUGCUGCAACUCGCUCAUCAAGCAAUUUUGGUUACUCCUCAGGUUUCGUUACCGUCUCCGAUUUGUCCCAGUUGUCGUAUCUCUUGAAGAUUGCCAUCUUCCGGUCGAGAUCAGCAAUUAAGAAAGAUUCUGAUUUGGGAAAAUCAGAUUCUGCUCUUAAAACAUCCAUGACAAAUAUUGAGGAAGAGCCCUCGGAAUCGGAAACAGAAUAUUCACGUACAUUGAACGAUGUCACAGAAUUGAGAAAGAAGAGAGAAAGUCAAAAGUUGUCCAACUCUAUCAAGAAGAAUGCUAGGAAAUCAGUUAUCAUCGAAGCACCAGAGGCUGUUGCUGCCAGAAAGGACAACACCAUUGAUGAAUACGAAGACACGACACAAAGAAAGAGCAGUAAUGCUUCGUCGCUAUCAUUUGUUGCACUGCGUAACGAUUCUGACCAGUUCGACUUCCAGAGUGGAUUUAAAAUCCGGGACGACCCACCUCAGAGAUUCGCAAGUCACAGCCUUGACAGGACUUCUGACUUGUUGAAGAAUGAAAAAUCCUUAACGCUUGAUGACAUUCCAAGAAUCGUUGCUGCAGAGCAAGCCAGAGAGCAGAGACCCAACGCCUUCAAGCACCACAAUUCCUUAUAUCAGAAGAAGGCUCAACGUCAGCUUAGGACUGUUUCAGCAGCGGGAAGUGUGCUGCGCCGUGACUCUCUGCGUAAUUUCGUUGAGGCACCCGCCCCAGGACAAAGUUGUGGCUCAAAGUACUAUUCCGAAUUAUCGAAGAAAGAACAUUUCAUCUUGCGUCACAUCGCGGUGGAAGCAUUCCUUAACAUGGGUGAUUCUCACACAAGAGAAGAGCUCAUAAAUCUUAUCCAGACUCGCAAGCUGCCAACAUUUUGGGACAAGUUUAAGUUUGGAGGAAGCGAGAAGAACAAACACAUCAAUGUGUUUGGCGUUGAGCUCAGCGAAGUUACUAAGAAGUACGGUGUUGAUUCUGACUUAGGAGUCGGACCAGCUCAGCUUCGUAUCCCAAUCGUCGUGGACGAUGUGAUUAAUGCUCUCAGACAAAAGGACAUGUCAGUUGAAGGUAUUUUCCGGUUGAAUGGUAACAUCAAGAACCUUCGUGAACUCACCGAACAAAUUAACAAGACCCCAUUGAAAUCUCCUGCUUUCAGCAACUACUCAGCAGUGCAACUAGCCGCUUUAAUGAAAAAGUGGUUGAGAGAGAUGCCAAACCCAUUAUUAUCAUUUGGUCUCUACGAUGUUUGGAUCUCUUCUAGACGAGAGAAAGUUCCUGCAAAAUGUAACCGAAUCUUAGAAUUGGCAUAUUGUAUGCUUCCUCGAAGCCACAGAAACUUGCUUGAAGUGUUGCUCUAUUUCUUUAGUUGGGUUGCAUCGUUUGCUGAGAUUGAUGAAGAGACCGGCUCUAAGAUGGACACUCACAACUUAGCUACUGUUAUUGCACCCAACAUUCUCUUGUCCAAAGAACAAGCGGAAACUGGAGGCAACCAACUCAGUGAAUCGCAUUUCAUUGCCAUUGAGGUAGUGAACCAAUUAAUUGAAAUCCACGAGGAGCUUGCCGUCAUUCCUCCAGACUUAUGGGAGUUCUAUGAGAAAUGCGAAUUCCAAAACUCCAAGGAUGAAAUUUCCACCAAGGAUAUAUUCAGCAGGAUCUCCAAGGUCGCUAAAGAGAAUCCCAAUUUUUUUGACAAUUACUUGACCAUGGAAGACUCUACCGAUGCUACGCAACCAAGCACCAUAACGAGAGGUCAAACCAAGGUGGAGCAUGCACCCGACCCUCACCCAUAA